GCUGCGAAAACGUGAGGCAGGGACACACGUACGUACAGGCGCGCGCGCCAACCACCUCCCAAACGCUGACAUGCUGUCCCCUCUUUAACUCGCCCGCACUUUCCGUAUUCUCCGAGUGACCCCAACUCUAGCUAGCCAUGCCCAGAGCCGAGCAAAGAAGAAGAAGCUGGCUCACAUGGCGCGUAGAUAGCCAAACCUCCCCAACCACCGCGGCCGCGCAAUAGAAAACCGCCUCCCUCCCUCCAUUAUCCAAUUUAUCCACUCCCUACAACACGACGACGACGGCGACGACGAGUACUACGAUGAUGUUCUAGGUAGACCGAUCGAGCUGGUUGACGACGCCAUUUUGUGUUCUUGGAUUUAUUGGAUGAGAUCGAGCUGCUGCAUUGUCAUGGCGGGAAGGUUUCUUCUCGGCGGCCGGGAGAUCGUCAGGACGGGGGAUGAUGGCCCGUUGGAUGAUGGUCCUGCCGUGGCGCCGGCGGCGGGGUCGUCGGCGCCGGCGACGUCUGCGGCGGCGGCGAGGGUGACGCCGGCGGUGCUGUUCAUCACGGUGGUGCUGGCGGUGGUGCUGCUGGCGUCGGGGCUGCUGCACGUGCUGCGGCGGCUGUUCCUCAAGAGCCACCGCGCCAACGCCAGCGCCGAGGCGGUGGAGCGCCAGCUGCAGCAGCUCUUCAGCCUCCACGAGGACGGCGCCGGCGGCGCGGGGCCGGGGCUCGAUCAGGCCGCCAUCGACGCGCUGCCGGCGUUCACCUACGCCGAGCUGCUCGCCGGCGCCGCCGCGCCCAAUGGCGGCGGCGGGAACGGGAAGAGGCAGUUCGACUGCGCCGUCUGCCUCUGCGAGUUCGACGGCGGCGACCGCCUCCGCCUCCUCCCGCUCUGCGGCCACGCCUUCCACGCCGCCUGCAUCGACACCUGGCUCCGCUCCAGCUCCACCUGCCCGCUCUGCCGCGCCGCGCUCUCCGCCCGCGCCCUCGCCGCCCUCGCCGCCGCCGCCGCGGACACCCCCGCCGCCGCGCAACACCGCCAGCCCGACGUCGAGGACCAGAAGCUGGACCACCACCACCCGCCGCCGCCGUCCGACGAGCCCGCGACCAGCUUCGUGCUCUCCGUCAGGCUCGGCCGGUUCAAGAACACGCAGCGCAGCGACGGCGACGCCGACGCGAGCGGCGGCGGCAGCCGCUGCAUCGACGCGCGGCGGUGCUACUCCAUGGGCUCGUACCAGUACGUGCUCGCCGACGACAACCUGCUGAUCUCCGUGCACUGGCGCCCCGGCGAUGGCAUUAGCGCCGCCACCGCCGCCGCCGCCGCGGGCGCCAAUGUCGCCACGGCGCGCACUGGCAUUAAGCAGGGCGGCGGCGGCGGAGGCGGCAAGAAGGUGUUCGGCCGAGGCGACAGCUUCUCGAUGUCCAAGAUCUGGCAGUGGCGCGGCGGCGACAGGAGGCUCCCAGUCCUCCACUCCGACGCCUCGCCGCCGGCGGACGACGGCUUGCCGUGGGCGACGGCGGCGGCGGCGAGCACGCGAACGAGGCAAGAAAGCGACACCUGAUAGAUACAGCUACCAACACACACACACACACACACACACACACACACACACAAAGAUGUAUGCUUUCUUGUGCCUUUUGUUAGUGGUUAGCAAUAAGCAUUUCUUGAUAAUAGAGUUUUGCUGAUAAUUAAUUAAUCAAAUCACCUAUGUAUAAUCAAGCCAUGUUUUUCUUCAUCAUGUUUUUUUCUAAUUUCUUUUGAUCCUUUUUUUUUCUCUCCUCAUCUUUUUCACUGUACAAUAUACCACCAUCACAACUGACAUCCAGUUUGCUACAUAUAUAACCAAUAAUUUCUGUACUCUUAUCUGAAUAUUCUUGUGCUUAAUCAAUCUCAUAAUGAACUUGCAUUACUUUGCUUUGUACCAUUGGCCUAGGCCUUAGUCCCAAAGCCAAGGUUACUGUUUAACACUAACACUAAUGUCUCAUUCCGAGUACCAGCAACGCAGUGGCAAGGUGACAGGUGUCUGCUGUUGUUGCAUGUGUCCUCUCACUUGUGCAAUUGCAAUGUCUCUGUUCACACUUAACUCUAGGAUUGGUACUUGUAACUUUCAUAAUUUUAAUUAGGCAGUUGAAACUUAUGUGAUGAUCAGCCUCCUGAUAUGUGCCCCCUGAGAUUGUUAUAUUUUGAUUGCUGAAGUAUAAGUAAAUUGGCUAUAGUUUUCCAUCAGCUUAAGCUUUUGGAGCAAACUUGGUUGGUCGGGCUCCUUCGCUGAUGUGCUUCCCUAUCAAUUAUUGGGAACCUUGUUAAAAAAAUUAUCGGUGUUGAGGAAUUUUUUUUUCACCGUCGAUUGGGUUUGAGGAUGUCGCUGACUUUGUUAUUGAAUUAUUAUGGUUAAACUGGCUUAGUGCACGUAUCUCAAUAAGAUCAGUUAAACAAAAAGAAUUAUUUGACCCACUCUGUUACAUGUCCAAGGCUUGAGACAAAGGGUCUGUGGCCAGGGUUCAUCAUUUCAGACCCCUCCGAUACGAUAUUAUUUCGGUCAAAAUUUUUAAAUUUUUCAUGAAUUUUGGUAAUAUUUGUUUAAAUUUAACUAAAUUUUGUUCUAAAUUCUAAAAAUUUCGCCAUAUCGGCACCGCCCGAUACAAACACCGAAAACGAAAAAUUUAACCUUUUCUGUGGCCUAUGGUGAAGGGUGGAUGGCAGGCUGAAAUGGAGACUCUCAACGGGUUUAAAUUGAUAGUUGAUGAGAGGUUGCUAAAUUGCUAGAUUCAUGUAUAGUACUUGUGAAUUGUGAUAACAAAUGAACUUUUUAUAUUAUCCUCUCUGCUGAUCUGCAUUUGUUAUAUGUACAUUGUGCAGUGACAGUCAGUGGAUCACACCUCGGGCAUGGUGAGCUAAUUAACUCUUCCUGAACUAUUAUAAUUUUGUUUUCUGUUUACUUAGCUACUACUGGAAGACUGACAGUUUACUUCCCUGCCUUAAUAUGACCAUUAACGGUCACUGGUUGUUCCAA